CCUCACCGUUGAACACCACAGGAGGAGAUAGAGGAGGAGGAACCGGAGGAACUGGGAGACCAUUGCGCCAUGUCCAAGAAGGAAGUUGACUACACCGACAGCUUGACGGAGAAAGAAUGGCUCCGUGCUAUUGAGGCCAUGGAAGAAAAGGAGGAAGAGGUAACUAGCAGUAAGAACAAGAGGACCUCAAAAGGCAAGCGUAAACAACAGGACGACCUGGAUAACGAUGACGACCCCAAACCUAAGAAACAGGGUCGUCCGGCCAGGGAAAAACCCGCGCCCAAAAAUAAACGCAUAAUUCGUCAGCUGAAGCGACAGCGACGGGCGGGUACUGAGCGAACCGUUCAUGAAGUUACCGUCCCGUCGAGAACUGCCGGAUUACUACGGGAUAAUCAAGAGGCCUAUGGAUAUUUGCAAGAUCCUAUCCAAGAUUGAGGAAGGAAGGUACGAGGACGCUAACGACCUGCAGAGCGACUUUGUUCUCCUGUGUCGCAACGCCCAGGAGUACAACGAGGAGGCUUCUGUGAUCUUUGAGGACUCGAUAAUUAUGCAGAGCGUCUUCUUCAACGCCAGGGAGCGCAUGGAGGCAGAGGUUGAUACUUUCCCUGAAGAAGAAGAGGAAGAUGAUGAAGAAGAAGAGGAAGACAGUAGAGGAAAGGAGGGGAAGAAAAAUAAGAAGGAUAAAAGCCGAGGCAGGAGGAAAAGAGUAAAAUAUGCCGAUGAUUCUGAGGAUGUUGAUGACGAUGAUGAUGACGUGAGUAAUAAAAAAGAAACAGAGUGAAGCUUUUAAAUUAGCCCCUAAAAAUGUAAGCAAAAAACGUAAACCAAAAUGGGGUUAAAAAUUGAGUGGAAUUUUUUUUUCAUCGCCAGUUUUUAUUUUUAUUAUUAUUAUUUUUAUGCCGUUUGUGUUAGUUAUUGUAGUAGUUAAUUGUGUUUGUAUUUAUAUAUUAAGAUAAAUGUUUGGUUGUAUCAGCAGCUCUAUGUAUGAUGGUCUUACUGAUUGAGAGAGGGAGGAGAGAGAGAGAGACUUUAUAACCCAG